AUGUCUGUUUCAGAGAAACUUUUAAAGAACUAUAAAGGGAUCAUCGACAAAGCUGCGAAACAUCCACUGGCGAAGGAGAUUUGCGAUGGGACACUCUCAGAUCGCUGUCUUUAUGUAUACUUAUCGCAGGAUCUGUUAUUUUUCCAAAGCGCUUUAAGGUUCUCAUGUCGUGCGACUUCUCUCUCACCUGAUGAGAGCUUGUUAAGAAGAGCUAAGCAGAUAGGCUUCUUCGCAAAUGACGAAAACGACUACUUUCAGACAUGUCUGGAGCUUGUUGGAGCUGAUUUGAACACAAAAGAGAGGGAAAGAUAUACAACUACGAGAUUACCAGUUACCGAUAAAUUUAUCAAAUACAUGGAGACAAUCUUAAACAAUGAGAAAUCUUACUCAAAGUUCGUUGCCUUCGGUUACGCAAGUGAGUUAGUCUACCUCCUCUGGCCAAAGUAUUUCGAAAAAAGAGCGGGUAUUCACUGGAAGUAUCAAAGAUGGAUUGAUCUUCACCAAGGCCAGCAAUUUGAGGAUUGGUGUCAGUUUCUCGCAUGUGAGAUAGACAAGUGUGACUAUGAAGAGAUUUGUAAUGUUUUCAAAGACGUUAUCCAACUCGAAUACGAUUUUUUCGAGGCAUGCUAUCAUUGUUAA